GUGACAAUUCCGAGGAUCCAUUUUUGCCCCAAGCUUCCUUAGGGUGUCGCAUGGGCUUAACAAGACAACCAUCCCUUGUGCCCACUCUUGGCUCUCUUCCCCUCCCUCGUAUGUUGACCUCCACGAAGUCUAAUAAUACUCAGUACACCGAACUCUGCUCAGCUUGCCUCCAGGGGAAUCCAGGCCAUGACAGUCAUCGUUAAGGCCUGCAAAUGCCAAGUAGCUGCUCCAGUCGUUACGACGUCAGCCAGCAAGAAACAGGGAAAGGCUCUCUCCGGAGCCCAGGGGGGAGCAGUAGCAGCGGCAGCCGAGCUUCCUAGUCCAUUGCCAGCGCCUCUCACUCUGAUCUGUCAGCCCAGCCGAGGGAAAAGGGGGGAAGGAGGAAAAAAAAAAAAAGCAGCUGAAAGACAAUCUGCUUCAUCUUGAUUCUGCAGCAUUCCAAACUGUGGUAUCCUUGGGGUUCUCUUAAGAUUGCUAUGGUGCGGAAGAUUUAAAAUCAGCUGAUGUUCACAAGGAAUAGAGUCACGUGAUGUAUGAAGGGAAACAUAUACACUUCUCUGAGGUUGACAAUAAGCCCUUGUGCUCGUAUAGCCCCAAACUGUGCAAGCAGCGGCGACUCAACGGCUACGCUUUCUGUAUCAGACACGUUCUGGAGGACAAAACUGCCCCCUUCAAGCAAUGUGAAUAUGUGGCAAAGUAUAACAGCCAGCGCUGCACCAACCCCAUUCCUAAAUCAGAGGAUCGUAGGUACUGCAAUAGCCACUUGCAGGUACUUGGCUUUAUCCCGAAAAAAGAGAGGAAGAAAAAGAAUGAUCCUAUAGAUGAGGUGAAGGUCAGGCACCAGAUGGAUACGAUGGCCUUUAGCCUGACGGUGCCCACGCUGGCCCUGAAGAUGCCCAAUGGACUGGAUGGAAUGUCCCUGUCUCCACCUGGGGCCAGGGUCCCCCUCCACUACCUGGACACUGAGUUGGAAGACCCUUUUGCUUUCAACGAGGAAGAUGAUGACCUAAAGAAAGGGGCAACUGUGAGGAAGAAGUUGCAGAGCAAGUUGGCCCAGAAUCGGCAGCGCCAGAGAGAGACCGAGAUUUUGAAAGUUCGGCAAGAGCACUUUAGUCCCCCACCUGCACCUUCACAGCAGCAGCCUCCGCAGCAGCACUCCCACCUGUCACCUUCAUCCACUUCUUUGAAACCUCCAGCGCCACCGCAGGGUUCAGUCUGCAAGUCACCUCAACCUCAGAACACCAGCCUACCAGUGCAGGGAGUGGCACCCACCACACACACUAUAGCACAAGCAAGGCAGUUGUCUCACAAGAGGCCUCUGCCCAUCCUGCCAUCCAGUAGGGCUCCCCUUGUGGACCCACCCAGGACUGACCGGGUCCUCAUGAAAGCCACAGCCUUCACUCCACACUUCUCUUGUAUAAGUCGACUGCAGAGACUGGUGAAACUGUGCACACAAAAACAUCAGUUGGACACCGAUCUCUUUCCCCACUUAGGAUUGGACUGGUCCGAAGAGAGCGGAGAGGAGCUGGAGGACUCCGAGCAGGCCUCACCCUACCAGGUUGCAUGGUCCAUCCGAGAAACCCUCAGAUAUGAAAGACACAUGUCAGAUGACGAUGAUACGGAGAGUAGGAGCUCCAGGGUGACCCAACUUUGCACUUACUUUCAGCAGAAAUACAAGCACCUCUGCCGCCUGGAGCGGGCAGAAUCUCGUCAAAAGAAAUGCCGGCAUAUGCUCAGGAAGGCUUUGUUGCAGGCAGCCAGCAAGGAACCCGAGUGUGCUGGGCGGCUCGUCCAAGAACUGCGGAGAGCUGCAUGUAGCCGGGCCAGCAUGAGCCAGACCACGUUAAGGGAGGCGGAAGCAGCCACAUGCAGUGGAACGGUGAAGGGUGAACCCUGCACUAACAGAGCCCUUCCAUUCACCAGGCACUGUUUUCAACAUAUCCUCUUGAAUCGCUCCCAGCAGCUCUUCUCAAGCUGCACAGCCAAGUUCGCAGACGGGCAGCAGUGUUCCGUGCCAGUUUUUGACAUCACACACCAGACACCCCUGUGUGAAGAGCAUGCCAAAAAAAUGGAUAAUUUCUUGAGAGGAGAUAACUCCCGUAAAGUUCAGCACCAGCAGCAGAGGAAACCCAGGAAAAAAACCAAGCCUCCUGCUCUUACCAAAAAACACAAGAAGAAGAGAAGGCGUGGACCUCGUCGACCCCAGAAACCCAUUCCCCCUGCAGUCCCACAAGGGAACCUCAGCAUGCCCACCAGCGUCUCACUGCCAGUGGAGGCCUCUCAGAUCCGGAGCCCAUCCACGCCUGAGCUGAGUGCUGAUGAGUUGCCGGAUGACAUUGCCAAUGAGAUCACCGACAUUCCACACGACUUGGAAUUGAACCAGGAAGACUUUUCAGAUGUCUUGCCACGGUUACCUGAUGACUUGCAAGAUUUUGAUUUUUUUGAAGGAAAGAAUGGAGACCUCCUCCCAACUACCGAAGAGGCUGAGGAGCUUGAACGGGCCUUGCAGGCUGUAACUUCUCUCGAGUGCCUGAGUACCAUUGGGGUACUUACCCAGUCAGAUGGUGUGCCAGUCCAGGAGUUAUCGGAUAGAGGAAUAGGGGUGUUCUCCACAGGUACUGGAGCUUCAGGAAUCCAGUCCCUGAGCCGAGAAGUCAACACGGACCUAGGAGAGCUGCUGAAUGGGCGCAUAGUACACGAUAAUUUUUCUAGUCUAGAGCUGGACGAGAACCUGCUCCGUUCUGCCACCUUGUCUAACCCACCUACACCCCUGGCAGGGCAGAUCCAGGGGCAGUUCUCUGCCCCAGCCAACGUUGGCCUUACUUCUGCCACUCUGAUCAGCCAGAGUGCACUUGGGGAGAGAGCCUUCCCAGGACAGUUUCAUGGACUUCAUGAUGGCAGCCAUGCCUCCCAGAGGCCACAUCCUGCCCAGCUGCUGAGCAAGGCAGAUGACCUAAUCACCUCACGACAGCAAUACAGCAGUGACCAUUCACACUCCUCGCCCCAUGGAAGCCAUUAUGACAGUGAGCACGUGCCGUCUCCCUACAGUGACCACAUCACAUCUCCCCAUACAACAUCCUACUCUGGUGAUAAUAUGGCAGCUACCUUUUCAGCAGAGAUGCCCAUCAUGGCGCAGCACUUGAUCCCAACCCAACUCGAGGUGCCACUUGGAGGAGUGGUGAACCCCAGAACUCACUGGGGCAAUCUCCCUGUCAACCUUGGAGAUCCCUCCCCAUUUAGCAACCUUCUCGGCGCAGAUGGACAUCUUCUUUCCACUUCCCUCUCCACACCGCCCACCACUUCGAACUCAGAGACCACACAGCCUGCCUUCGCCACCGCGACCCCCAGCAGCUCCAGUGUGCUUCCGGGGUUGCCACAGACCAGCUUCAGUGGCAUGGGGCCUUCCGCUGAACUCAUGGCCUCCACCUCUCCCAAGCAGCAACUCCCUCAGUUCAGCGCAGCCUUCGGCCACCAGCUGAGUUCUCACAGUGGCAUUCCUAAGGACCUGCAGCCCAGCCACAGCUCAAUAGCCCCUCCCACAGGCUUCACAGUAACAGGUGCCACAGCUACGAGUACCAAUAAUGCAUCUUCCCCCUUUCCCUCCCCUAACUGAGCGUGUCUGUGCAUUUGCAGGCAGGUGGGGAUCCUGGCAUUUUCUAUCUUUGUUUCCUCUUUAGCAUCCCUGCCCCUUUUUCCUAAAGAAGAUUUUUAAAAUAUGCUAUGAGGAUUCGAGGGGCACUCGUUCCCAGUUCAACAAGCAGCCCUGUGGUGGACCUUGCUUCAGUGUUCACGUGUGCUCCUUAGCACUGGUGCUCAUUCCCUCUGGCAGGUCCACUCAGUCCUAGUGGUUCAACACGAUGACUGGAUAGGAUUGAUUUUCAGCAGCGAAUCCUAGAAGUGGAAGAUACCUCAGAUUAUCAGUGCCCUUUACUAUUUCCUUGUAUUCAAAUCAGUGCUUUCCAUUCUAUUGCCAGAUUUUUACAUAGGUGGUUCUAGGAAGAAUGAUCCUAUUGAUUGAGUUCCUGGGUAAGAGAUAGCAGGUGGCAUGUACAGGAGGCAGGGCAGGGCAGGGACUUAGCACUAACAGUUAAACACUGCAGUGAGGCCAGGCUGCCAUUCCCAUUUGCAGUUGUGUUUAAUGAAAAGAAAGAAUUCAUCUUUGACCGCCUGUGAUUAUGUGUACACCCACACAUACAUUUUUUAUGCAGUCCAGGAAGCAACUCUCGCAUUGGCUUGCUUUGUGUCUGUUUCUCCCCUCCCCCUGCCAAAAUAAGUAUAAGGCUCUUCUUUCCUGCAUCUCACAACCCUGGUAAGGAUGGUCAUAUUCUCCACCCAGUUAACUAAAGUUUCUUGGCUAGGGAAGGUGGUGGUCUAAUCAUGUGAAUAGCACAACCUUUCUCUGCUAAACAUUGACCCAAGAAGAAACGGAACACAAAAGGCUGAAUUUAUGUUGGCGACGUAGGGGUGUCAUGUAGAUUUCGCCUGGAGGGAUGGCCGGGCUGAAGAAGGUCUAGGCUCUGGUGGUCACUUGGCCUCUUCAAACAUACAUUUGCUUUUUAAGUCUCUGUCAUGAAAUACCUUUGUGAGAUGUAAUUAAAAUAUUUUGAUGUGAAGAAACAGGAUAGGUCAGAUAGAUUUGAAAGAUGAAAUCUGUGAACUCCUUGAUCCACUUUUUGCUUUUGAAUUUUUCAUGUUUACAGUAGUGAUUCCUUGGUAAGAUUUGUAAAAUGUUGAAGACACUUGUAGAAUCAGUGAACCAGUUGUGAAGUGAUGUGUAAUAUCUGAAGGAUGCACAUUUUAAAUUUUCUUUCAAAUCUGAAUAUGAAAGUUAGACAGAAAUUUUACCUAUUCUUUGGUACUUUUAAAAUAAUUUAAAUCUGAAUUUGGAGAUAGUCUUGAGAAAUUUUUUUUAAAGUACCAGGAUUCUAGAGUUUAAAAUCAUGUUGGGUAGUUUAGCAAGUUGGUAACUAUGAAAUGAAUAUGUGAGGUUUCUUCUUGCCUGCCUUUCCCGCUCCCCUGCAGAGAAGGUAAAGAUUUUAAAGGCAUCACUACUCUGCUUUUGCUAAGAAAUUUCACUGUCCCUUGAGAUACCAUUGGCUAUUUAUACCUGAGUCUAGCCUAAUUCACACACACACACACACACACACACACACACACACACAUAUAUAUAUUUUAAAAGAUAAGUAGAGAGACAUCUAUUAAUGAUGUGGUACAAUAAUUCAUUUGUCAGGGAAUAUUUUAUUUUAAUUCUUUCUCAUAGGUAAAGAUUUGGAUGUAUUUUCCUACUUCCUGUAUGUAUUCUCUUUAUGCCAUGCUAAUUCUAACCAGUCCCUUCUUUUGAAAGCUUUUCUUUCUCUGCUUUUUAAAGGAAUAAUGGUGAUGAGCAGGCAUUAUGGAGUUACCACGUGCCUGAUAUAGAGGGGAAAUGUCACAUGACUGUAGAAGUCAUCAUUAUAUGCCCUAUUUUGUAUUUAUUGAAAGUUUUUUCCUUUGGGCCAAAAAUAUGUUUGUAAUAUACUUAGGUUUUUUUUUAAUCAUGAUAAUUGAUUGGAAGAUUUAUUUUUAAUAUCUUUGCCUUUUUUGCAGAUUGAGAAAUUUCUAAAUUAUAAAUUAUGUCACAAAGCAAAAUUAUAUUUGGUAUCGCCAUAAAUUUCUAUUCUGAAUGGUGAGAAUAGAUAAUUUGAACAUUACUCACCUGUAAACCCAUGUUAAUAACCUUUUUGAUUUUAAUGUACUGUAAUGAAAUGAUUAGGAGUGGUGACGUCUGCUCCAAGUGUCAUGUGGUUUGCUGAGCUAUAUUCACGUCCCAGUGUAAUUAUCCCUACAGAGCUGUCCCGUGCCAGCUGUUGGGUGUAGUUGGCCCCGUGCACUAACCUAAAGGU